ACAUACGUCAUAUUUAGCUUGGGUAUUGGUAAGUGUUGAUAACGGAGAACGAUAGCUUUAACAACAUGUUGACGAAGCUAUAAAUAGGGAAGAAUGAAAAUUAUUACAACAGAAUAUUUUCGGGAAUUUAAGAAAUACCUCUAAAUCAACGUAUUUAUAAAGCCGUCUUACCAUAUGAAGACUUAGCAGGAUUUCAGAUGAGACCACGUGCCCAUGUACACAGCAACAACAGGAACAAAACACGUGUAUAAACGUGUAAAACGUUUCUAAUAUUUACAUUUAUACUUCGUACACAUUCAGAACUCUAUUGCGAAUUCAUGUGCCUUUGAAGAUGGAAAACGCAAACGGAAGCGUAAAUACUAACUCACCAUUGACAACAAAUACAACAAUAGCCACAUCAUUACUAGUGAAUAUUUCAUCAUAUAUCUAUGAGAGCCCUACAACCACUCUUGUAAUAGUUAACAAUACAACUCCUUCACGACAAACAAUGUCGGAGUCAACAACUAUCUCUCACGAUGGUAGGGAAAAUGACUAUAGUUACAUCUACGAAAAUUACAGCUAUGAUUACGGCGACGAAUACAUGUAUCCUGGGUACUCAUUUGAAAGACCAGUGUACUUAUAUAUUUGGGAAAUACUGGUCAUUUUCGUUUUCCUUGUGAACGUCAUCGUUAUAUCUGUAUUGCUGCGCAGAAAGAUGCGCAAUGCAACAAAUAUGAUUCUCGCUGCAAUUGCAAUUUCUGAUUCAUUGACUGGACUUGUUACUUUGCCGAGUUACAUCAUGGUAUAUCAGAGAUAUGACCCACUUCCAGACUAUAGUGAUUAUGUUCAUGAAAAUGCCAACCUGUCAGCUGAUUUGAACCAAACAGAUUACGAAAGUUUUGCUUACUCUUAUGACUAUCAAGGUGGCUUCGGGAGCAACGCUUCGGACGCAUAUCAAUAUGAUUACGUAGGAACACAGGAACCCAUUGAUGGAUACAUUCUUACAAAGAGUCUAUGUCGUGGAUUUAUGAUCUCGAAGUAUUUCUUGUCCAAAUCAUUUCAUACGGUAUCAAUAUUCCUUACAUUAUUCCUUGGCAUUCAGAGAUACGUGUCUGUCGCGUUCCCCUUCAAGUCCCAGUCCCUAUUCAGCGAAUUGAAAACAAUUAUAUGGUGCGUGGUUAUUUUCGUUUUGUCUCCAGUUCUUCAUUCGUACCAUCUAGGAAGUGAAAAGGCAUCAAACGGACUUUGUCAGUGGGAGUUGACUGAGGAUGGUUGCGGAGGUGGCUGUUUGUACCUGUGGUUUGCUUUCUUUAUACGCCAUCUGAUACCAUGCGUCACACUCCUAAUCUUCACGGGACUUUUUAUCCGACAGUUACGUCUGGGAGAACGGAACCUUCGUAGAAUGGACAGCAAUGCGUCGCAAUUGUCAAGACGAGUAGAGGAAAAUCGCCGCAUUUCUGUAAUUGUAACGGCCAUUGUUAUUGUGUUCCUAAUACCGGAAAUACCUUACGGUAUUUUCUUGCUCUAUAACGCCGUAGAGAAAGCUGCGAAUAAUGGUAAGAACAUCGACUUGGAAACCAACAGAGCAAUCCAUAUGUCAUACGAAUUAUUACUUGUACUGUCAUUCCACGCAAAUUUCUACAUAUAUACAUUUUUGAAUAGGAAGUUUCGCAAAUGUCUAUACAGGACAUUUGUUAAGCCUGUCCAGAGAGCUGUCGGAGAUCCCAGAAGGCUUUCGAUUUCUAGAACGUCUUCAACGUCUCACAGAACGACAACACGGAAAACGGAAUGUCAUAGUUCCAAAAGUGGGCAAGAGAUGCAUUUCAUACAUAGAGGAAGUUCAGAUAAAACUGGGACACUGGAAACCAAAUUCAUGGAGUCAUUUUCAGUUGAUAUUACCCAAAGCUCGCACCAAGAUAAUCAUGAGCUUGAAGCAUUGAAUGCAAAAGUUUAGGGAUAUAUGUGGCAUACGACAGCAUUUUUCGAGUUCUUGACACAUAAUGUUGAAACUACUCAACGAUUCUAAUUAGGUUCCGAUGAAAGACUUAGGAAAAAGUGUGUUAUGCAAAGCACAUGCACAUAUCAAAUUUACGACAUUGAUAUUAUGUCUUGUAAUGGGAAUGAACCAUAAUAACUUUAUUAAACGUUAGAGUUUA